CCGAUAUACUUGCAACAACCGCCAUGUAGCGUAGCAUUCUCCAACUUGCUGCGUCCCAGUCACAUCCGCUGGCUAUGUCACUCGCUCAGUUGUUCGAAGAUUUGCACCUCGAGAGUUGCCAGCCUCCGGACGAGCGAUUCGCAUGGCUACAUCGACGUUCACAGCACACGCAGCAUCCGCUCGUGCAGUUCGAGCUCUCCAAGACACACUGUACGCUGCGCAUUGUGGCCAAGCAGAGACGCAGGAAAGAACUCGUACCGGGUCGUCGUUGCAAGUCUUUGAACCAUGAACGGACUCUGUCGGCCGUAACCACUGGCAGCAUCGCGGACGAGUGCGAGAAGCCUGAAGACCCCAUCUUGAUGGAGCUCAAGUGGGAGGACGUUCUCGGUGCUCACCUACAGACAGCCUGCGGCCGGCCAUUGAGUCGACGCUCGGUCGUCCCGCGUCGAGUCUACAUGCUCGCACUAUACGCGUGUCCUCCAGAAGGUCUUCUACUCGAAAAGCAAAAACACAAAGACAAUCAACCUACGAAGCGAAGCCCUCGACAGUGGACGUUCAGGUUCUACGGCGACGAAAUUGACCAAGUGGCUCAAUUACAUCAUGCACUGAACAGAUGGGCAGAUCCUCGAAAAUCGAUUUCGGAGGAUAUCAGUGACCUGAUACUGUUAAAGCCGGAUGAAACCAGCGCUGGUUCACUACGCAAGUUUCGUGUACUCAUUGACUCGAAAGAAGGGUCUGGUCGAAGCAAGUAUGAACAGAUUGUAGCGCCCAUGUUCCAGGUAGCCAACAUCGAAACCACGGUCGACGUCGUUGAAGACAACAUUGUUCUCGAUAUCGCCAAGCAGCUUCCACUCGGUCAAUUUGAGUGCAUUACUAUCGUUGGAGGAGACAGCUUUGCUCAUGAGUUCAUUCAAGGAUUGAUGGCGAGGACAGACUGGAGGCAGGCAAUCCGUCAACCAUUCGGUAUUUUACCCAUCGACUGUGGCUCGAAUAACGGUCUCUCAGCUUCGAUUGCACACCACAGUCACGGGUGUUUGAACUUGGAAAAUGCCGCCUUCGCUCUUAUUAAAGGACGUCCGCAGGACCUUGAUAUCACCUCAGUAUGCAAUGGUAACGAGACGCGUUACUCAUUCCUGAAGCUCGAGUGGACACCGUCUAACUCGAAUCAAGCUACAAUUCCAAUGCACAAGACCGGUAUACUCCGAGAUCUACGUCACUCAAUGUCGUUAAGACGACAAGUUACACGUAAAUCCCCGUAUUCCGGUAGGAUAUGGUAUCUAAGUCAAGAUGCUGAUGAUCACCAACCGACGAGAUACUUCCAAGAGCAUAGUGACGACGAGGAAGAAGCUGAACCUGCUCUAGAUCUCUUCACUACUGAACUGGGAUUUGAUAAGUGGGUGGAGCUUACGGGUCCUUUUAGGAGUGCAUGGGUCACCAACACGAGCCACGCGACUCCGACGGCGUUUGUCGCUCCUGGUGCACAGCUUGACGAUGGCUACACUUACCUCACGUUCAUCGAUGGCACCCAACCACGCAGUGAAGUGUGGCGUAUGCUGUUCUCAGUCGAGUCUGGUCGACAUCUCAAGCGACCAGCAGUCCAGCAAAUUGGUACAAGGGCGUUGAAGCUAGAACCUGCUUGUACAUCUGACAGAUUGUGCGUGGACGGGCACACGAUGGAGGGACCGUCGCUAGUGGCACAGGUACAUCGAGGUCUGGCCCGGAUAGUUGCGCUACCUCGUCAACGCCAACGAUGA